UUCAAAUUAUCUUUUUAUAAAUAGAGUAAAAGGGUAGUUAGUUGUUCGUUUUUUUUUUCUUUUAAAAAAAAUAAAAUAAUGUCUUUUUUCGAUACUCUUCCUUUUUCUUAUACAGAAGUCAAUACUCGUAAUGGUAUUGAUACUGUUCAAUUUCUUGAAGCUACUAAAGGCCUUGUUAAACUUUUUGAUUUACUUGGAUCUUCUGCAUUCUCUGUUGUUCAAAGUGAUAUGAAUGGUAAUAUUAAGAAAAUCACAGAUCGCUAUAUAUCAAAUCCUUCAAUCAAUGAAACCCUUCAAAAAUUGAUGGCUACUGAAGCCCCUGAAAAGAAGAGAGUAGCUACUGAAGGCCUUCUUUGGUUGACCAGAGGACUUGAUUUUACAGCACAGGCUUUACGUCGUAGCAUUGCUAAUCCAGAAGAAGAAUUAAAUGUUUCGUUUACUAAAGCUUAUGAACAAACAUUAAAGAAAUAUCAUAACAUGCUUAUUCGUCCUGUAUUUGCUCUUGCUAUGAAAGCUUGUCCUUAUCGUAAAACUUUUUAUGAAAAGAUUGGUGUUGUUUCGGAUGCUACACUUGAUCAAAUGAAGCAUUGGCUAGAAGCUCUCGAGACUAUUAUUUGCAUUAUUCAAAAUGAAUUCAAGGAGAAUCCCCAAUAUAUUAAGGGCAUGUAAAUAUGCUAUUCAUAUUCUCUCUCCAAUUCUAUUCAUAUACUAGUAGUAAUAAAAAAAAAAGACAUUCUUCUGUACAAAAGAGGUUGAUAUUAUUCUAUUAUUCAUG